AUGGCAGGUACCGGGGGGCGGGGGCGCACCGGGCACCGGCUCCGGGAACCGGGAACGGGGAACGGGGAAUCGCACACGCACCGGGCACGCACCGGGCACCGGACACGUACCGAGCACGCGCACAACGGGCGCGCAGCGGGCAGCCCGUACCGGGCACGCACCGGGAACCGGACACGCGCGCACGGACACGCGCCCCGGGCGGGGACGCGCACCGGUCACUGCCCCCCGCCCCCGUACACCCGGGGCACGCGCGUGCACCUGCCCGAGCGCGCUCCCGCGGGACCUCGGUGGGGACAUCCCGGCCCCGCGUCCCUCAGCCCGUCCCCGUCCCCGCCAGCCGUGUCCCCGCGCCCGCAGCCCUUCACUGCCACCCUCCUGUGCCCUCACCCCCCUGUCCCCGUGUCAGCGUCCCCCCUCCCACCCCCGAGUCCUCCUGUCCCCGUGUCCUGCCCCUCCAUGUCCGUGUGUCCCCUCCGCGCUUGUGUCCCGGUGUCCCCGUCCGCAGGCAGAAACCAAGGGGGGACCCGAGGGAGCUCUGGGGGGACACCCGGGGCGCUGUCACACCGUGUCCCCCCCGCAGCGCUCGCGGCCGCCUCCCCCGGCGGGGACGAGGGGCUGGAGGAGGAUGAGGAUGAGCUGGAGCCGGGGCUGGACGAGGCCGAGGCCGAGCCGGAGGUGGCCAAGGCGGCGGGGGCGGCCCGGGGGGCGGUGCUGACCCGCAGGGGCAUCACCCUGAGGGUCCUGCUCCGAGAUGGGCUCCUGGAGCCGGGCAGGGGCGUCCUGUCCAUCUACUACCUGGGCAAGAAGUUCGUGGGGGACCUGGGCUCGGACGGGACGAUCACCUGGCAGGAGACGGGGCAGGUGUUCAACUCGCCCAGCGCCUGGGCCACGCACUGCAAGCGCCUGGUGAACCCCGCCAAGAAGUCGGGCUGCGGCUGGGCCUCGGUGCGCUACAAGGGCCAGAAGCUGGACCAGUACAAGGCGGCCUGGCUGCGCAAGCACCAGCCCAACGUGCCGCCCCCCGACGAGGUGGGAGCGGGCUCGCCUCCCCCCGGCACCCCCAGCGUGCGGGGCGAGCUGGGUGCCAGCCCCGUGUGCCCGCAGAGCUUGGCCAGCGAGGGCGAGGAGGAGGAGCUGCCCGAGGAUGAGGAGGAGGAGGCGGCCAGGGAGGGUCGGCUGGCGGUGCCGGAGCCGGCGGCUCCCAAAAGGCCGGAGGAGAGGAGCAAGAAGCAGCAGGGGAAGGGCCCGGCGGAGCCGGCGGGGACGGAUGGAGGCAGCGCGGGGAAAAGGCUGGAGGUGAAGCCCCGGGUGCCCGUCCGCUACUGCACCCUGGGCACCCGCGACUCGGCCAGGAACCCCCAGACCCUGGUGGAGGUGACCUCCUUUGCCGCCAUCAACAAAUUCCAGCCCUUCAACGUGGCCAUCUCCAGCAACGUCCUCCUGCUCCUGGAUUUCCACAGCCACCUGACGCGGAGCGAAGUGGUGGGGUACCUGGGGGGGCGCUGGGACACCAACACCCAGCUGCUGACCGUGCUUCGAGCCUUCCCCUGCCGGACCCGCCUGGGCGACGCCGAAGCCGCGGGCGCAGUGGAGGAGGAGAUCUGCCAGAGCCUGUUCCUGCGGGGGCUGUCGCUGGUGGGGUGGUACCACAGCCACCCCUUCGGGCCGGCGCUGCCGUCCCUGCACGACAUCGACGCGCAGAUGGAUUAUCAGCUCAAACUGCAGGGCAGCGGCAACGGCUUCCAGCCCUGCCUGGGGCUCAUCUGCGGGCCCUUCUACCACGGCAACCCCGGCGUGGAGUCCAAAAUCGCGCCCUUCUGGGUGAUGCCGCCGCCAGAGCAACGGCCCAACGACUACGGGAUCCCCAUGGAUGUGGAGGUCACCUACAUCCAGGACGGAUUCCUCACCAACGACGUCGUGCAGGAGAUGACGCUGCUGGUGGAGUUCUACAAGGGAGCCCCCGACCUGGUGAAGUUCCAGGAGCUGUGGAGUCAGGAUCAGACCUACCUGGACAAGCUGAAGGGCUCCCUGGCCUCCCGCACCCCCAAAGACCAGAGCUUCAGCCACGUCCUGGAGCAGAUCUUCAGCCUGCUGAAGCUCAGCGGGUGAGGGCCCGCGGCCCCUCGCUGGGACCAGGCGCCUCCCGCAGCCCGGGCGGGGCUCGCAGCCCCGGGGCUCUC